AUGUCCAAGACAACCCCCAACCCUGUGGCAUCAACCUACGGGUCCCCUCCCGCAGCGACUGGCGGGUCCACCGCCCACUCGAUUCCUCACCCAGAACCCAUAUCCGCCUGCACACACCAUAUCGCAGGGAUUCUAGCGACAGUCUUCGGCCUAGAUGAGGUCCCCUCAGGCGUUGCCGACAUUGCUGUCCUCUGGCUGCUGCAUCCUCGCCUUCAAACACAAGCGUGUAUGGCUCCGUUCGCUGCCCAUAUCAUCUCUGAGUGGAACAAGCACCAGGCGAAGUCACGGACCGGGUCAGUCAAAAAGAAGGGAUUGAUUGCUGUUUCAUUUGACCAACGUAACCAUGGCUCUCGCCUUGUGUCUGCGAUCGCAAAUGAAGCCUGGCGGUCCGGAAACGAACACCACGCACAGGAUAUGUUCAGCUGCUAUGCCGGGACGGCCCAAGACACGUCGCUCCUGCUGGACUAUCUCCCGGGGUACAUCUUCUCUGGGACAAACGACCCAAGAAGGAUUGUGCAGAACCUUGUUCUGGGUAUUAGUCUAGGUGGACACGCGGCAUGGCAUGUUCUCAUGCACGACCCACGGAUUUCUGCCGCCAUCGUCACCAUAGGUUGCCCAGAUUACACGCGCCUUAUGACGGAUCGAGCACGGUUGUCAAAGCGCAAGACAUACACAUCCUCUUCCCCGCCUGGAAGGGAUUUCCUUGGGUCCGCAGAUUUUCCGCCGAGUCUGGUGGAGGCAGUAAAGAAGUCUGAUCCCGCGGGCUCGAUUUGGUCAAUGCCCGGAUUACACUGGCGCAAAGACCAAGAACGAUUACAUACGGACUUGACGGAUGAAGAGAAGGCGGUCUUGCUGCCGGUGAUGACGAGGUGUUUUGGAAACAAGCGCCUGUUAAACCUCUCUGGCGGCGCGGAUAAAUUGGUGCCAUAUGCACAUUCAAAACCGUUUAUAGACUGGCUCAAGGCAGUCAGCGGGAAGGGAGGAUGGUUCGAGGGCAGUGGGUUUAUGCUAGAAGACAUCGUUUUCGAAGGGGUAGGACAUGACGUGCCGAGUAGUAUGGUGCCGAACAUGGUGCGGUUUGUGAGGGAGACACUGGAGGAUGAGGGCGUAGCCGCAAUGGAAAUGGGUGGAGGAGCAGGCAGGCUAGGCAGUAAAAUAUGA